AUGAGCCACCAGAUAGAAGGAAGUGGAAAAGGAAAGGAGGUUAUUCGAAACGGCAGCGGCGGCGAAGGAGGUGAUGAUGGUUGUUCCCCCGGUGGUCAUGGGAAAAGAUCCACCAAGCCGCCAGCAGGGUUAGUCUGCCCGCGGUGCCAGUCGAGGAAUUCAAAGUUUUGCUACUAUAAUAACGGUAGCAUUUAUCAGCCAAGAUACUACUGUAGUGACUGUAGGAGGUACUGGACUGAAGGAGGAAUUCAACGUAACAUUCCUAUUGGUGGCCCUAACCGAAGGCAGAGAAGAUCAGCCUCCGAUUCAUCCCCCGUGUCAGUGAUUGUAUUGGCGUUACCGCCGUUGACACAACGUUUAGCUGCAGUGAGCGCUACAGCUACUGGUGCAUAUUCUUCGGUUACAGCCAUGCAGUACCAAAGGCUAGUUAACCAUCCUACUCUAAACGCAUUGCCUAGAGCGGGUUCCGGGACUAACUUAGGCUUGGUGAUGAGUAACAGCUUUAAUCUGCCAGCUUUGCAGACGACUCAGCGUCCGCAGCUUAAUCCGUAUCCGUAUCCGUAUCCACAUCCACAUCCUGGCGUGCAGCAGCAAAAUCCGGAUUCGGCUCUAUUAUUACAGCAGCCAAUUAACUGGGCCCUGCAUCAUCAGGAUCAGCAGCAGCAGCAGGAGCCACAAGAAGAUGAGCAAGGUGACAUGUCUAAUAAUAAUCCGAUCGGUGAUGGAUCAGCUUCUUCUUAUGCAUUCGUAGAUGAUUGGCUGGAUAUAAGCGCCUUAAUGAGCAUUGACAACACUACCAAUGAUAACAAUUCUGAACAACCGAACAAUGAUUUAGCUGGUAAGGAGGCUAGUAGCUAG